AUGCUAUGAAAAACAAUGGAUGGAUCGUGCAUUUCUUUGCCAUUGAGGUGGGUGCAAGGGGUUUCUGUUCAGAAUCAGUAAGGACCUGUUUUCGUCGCCUUGGUUUCUCUAACAAGCCUCUACGUUCCCUAUUAAAAUCCCUAACUUUUACCUCCAUGAGUGCUUCUUUUUACAUCUGGAUGUCUCGAAAUUCUACCACUCGGGUUGAGCCUGAAAAGGCCCCAAUCAUUCCUGAAGUUUCUUCUGUUAAAAAUAUAGAAUGUAAGAAAUCAAAAACCCUUUAGAAAUCUUCUGCAAGUCACACAAAAUCUUGUAAAAUCAAAAAACCCGAAAAACUUGCUACAAGGUCUUCCAAAACAACAGUCGCAUUGCCAUCUAACCCUGAUUUUAGGAAUAGCGGUCUAAAAAACUUGGGAAACACAUGUUAUGCAAACUCAAUCUUACAAUGCUUUUAUAACCUUCCAAAAGUUAAAGAAGCCAUUUCUGUCAGCAAAACAACCUCAAAGUUAGGCGAAGCAUUUGUAGGUGUUGUUCAAAGUUUGGCUGUUUCUAGAAGUCCAGUUGAUCCCUCCCAUUUUUUGCGUGCUAUGAAACAUCAUGUCUCAGCUGCGAAGGGAAGUGCAUUUAUUAUCUUUGCUCAGCACGACGUCCCCGAGGUUCUUGAAUAUCUCCUACCUGGUCUGUCAUUAGACUUUCCAUUUCUUGGAAGUCUUUUUAGUAUUGGCAUCAUGACAUCAACCACUUGCAAUUCAUGUCAUAUUACCAUCUCCUCAGAACUUAUAGCACCAUGCAUCCAACUUUCUCUGCACCCUACGUUACAAUCUUCCUUAGAUAAUUUCUUCAAAAGCGAGGAGUUGUCAGACACCAAUGCCUACUUCUGCCAUGUUUGCAACGCUCAUCAAACUCCUCUGGUUAAAAAAGAGGUAGUGUCGUGCGGUUCCCAUCUCAUUUUACAGCUAAAACGUUUUGCCAGUGCCAACGGCCUUGUGUCAAAAAUUGCCUCUCGUAUUACUGCUUACCCUGGUACCCUUUCCAUACCUUUUACUGUAAAUGGAGAAGUGAAAUUUCGUAAAAAUUUUCAAUUAAGGGCUUUUAUCAACCAUUGCGGAAACUUAAAUGAUGGUCACUACACAACCAUAGCCUUCGACCAAAUGGUACACAGGUGGAUACAUUGCAACGAUAGAGCAGUAAUUUUCUGUAAUGACCGCCUUUUUAACAGUGACGAGUCAUAUGUUUUCUUUUUAGAAGAGCUGAGAUAAGAAUAUUUUAACCGGAUUGAGUCAGCAAGGGGGCUUGACUACACUCAGUGUUGUCUUUGGAGAGUGACGACUCCACUUAUUACCCCAGUCAAAAAUAAAACAAAAUCAAAUAAAAAUUAAGUUAGCAGAGGGGUUUGAUCACACAUGAUCUUGUCUUUGGAGAGUAACGACUCCACUUAUUACCUGAGUUAAAAACAAAGAAUAGCAAAGUUGAACACAAAGUGGUCAAAGUUUAUUUUAGGAAGAUAGGGAUGUCUAGUUUCUGCUGAUGACCGUCCGCGGACCUCUUCGAGGUGACCCAGCUAGACAUCUAGGGUACUUAGUUUCAGAAAUAUGGGUCGAAACCUACCUGCCCUUGAUUAAAGUUCUGUUCAUCUUUUCAAAUGUGUUGUGUCCUUUUUAUUUAUUUUUUUAUAUUUUUAUAAUUAAUUCCUUGUAAAAAGGGAGAAUUGUGCUUUUAGAGGCAUGUUCUCUAGAGGAGUACAACCUCUAGCUUAUUUCCAAAGACCUAACAGGUUGAGUUCAUCAUUGCGGUGGCUUGCCGCCUCUUUGUAAAUUAUUUUCUUAUUUUCAAGGAUUAGGGGCGUUCCAUUUAAUAUUAACACCCAACGUUCCAGA